AGGCUGGGACGGGGUGAAAUGGCAGCCUCUUCCUCAUCCUCUUCAGCCGGCGGAGUCAGUGGCAGCUCUGUAACAGGAUCAGGGUUCAGCGUUUCGGACCUGGCGCCGCCCCGAAAAGCCCUCUUCACUUACCCCAAAGGAGCUGGGGAGAUGCUGGAAGAUGGCUCCGAAAGAUUCCUCUGUGAGUCUGUCUUCAGCUAUCAGGUUGCAUCUACAUUAAAGCAAGUGAAACACGAUCAACAAGUCGCACGGAUGGAAAAACUAGCCGGUCUGGUGGAAGAGCUGGAGGCAGAUGAGUGGAGGUACAAGCCAAUAGAGCAGCUCCUGGGAUUCACUCCCUCCUCGGGCUGAGCGUGUCUGGAUCACUGCUGAGCAGAAGAAAAACAUUCUCUGGCCCAGCUUCAAAACACACCCCCAUUUAUCAGGAUGCUGACAGCUGCAUCAGCAGGACUGGACUUUCUUUUUUUUCUUUAUUUAAAGUUGAGAGUGGGGAUCUCCCGUUAAAGCUGCCAGUAAAUGGAAAUGAC